AUGAGAUUAACGAACAAAAUAAAAACAUUUAGCAGUGCUAAGUUGCGUAUUAGUGAAAACUUCUUAAUUGAGAAAGUGUUUCAUGGUCCAAUAGAAGAUGUGACUGGUCAUUUGAAGGACCUUUAUAUCAGAGAAGAGAUAACUGAUCAUAUUAAUAUCAUUUUACUCGUGGGCGAUUUCUCUGAAUGUCCCUUGUUGGAAAAAGCAAUCAGGAGUCAAUUUCCAAACAGAAAAGUUAUCAAUCCUCAAGAGGGAAGUGUCGCGGUGAUGAAAGGUGCUGUUCUGUUUGGACAUAGUCCGGAGAAUUUGAUGAGGAAAUCGGGGCUAGAAAUCUGUACAGAGAGCACACGUAUCACACGAAAAAGCAGUGCAUAUUAUGGCGUCGCCACUGAUGUCCCUUUUAUUGAAGGUGAACAUCUACCAUUGUACAGAUCCGUGAACCAAGCCGGGAAUAUAGUGUGUACCGACGUGUUCAAAUGUUUGAUAAGUAAAAACCAAGAACUGGUAAUAGGGGAAACUUGUAUAGAGAUGGAGUUUAAUUCCCCAAAUUUCCAAGAAGCAAACAUUGAGAUUUAUCGCGCCAACAGAGAGGUUCAGUACUGCACUGAAAAAGAUUGUACGAUGAUUGGGCGCAUUCUUGCUGGUUUUUCCGAUUGUUGCCAUCAUUUUGAAAGGAGACCACUGAAAAUACAGCUACAAUUUGGGUUAACAGAGAAAAAAGCUAUCGCUAUAGAUCUCACGACGAACAAAUCCUGGGAAGUGAAACUCGACUGCCUUCUCUGA